UCGACAACACCGGAUCUAGAACCGUGUAACUCAAUUUCCUGUUGCGCAUGCGUACUGUCGACGACGCCUCGGACGCUGGUGUGUUGACAAAUAUCGGAGGAGGGACCACUGCAGCCUCGCCUCCGUCAACCUUUUUUUCGUGGCACCGUUUUAGCUUCUGGCUGUUGGAGCGAGUGAAGGCGGCGCCCUCGUCCAAGAUCCUAGCCAGAAAUGAAGAGAGUAGCCAGCAGAAAAGCCCAGAAGCCGACGGGACUGUCGCCGUCAACGAGGAAGGUAAGCCCGGGACGACCGUAGGCACCGGGGUACAAACCAACAGCCCCCCGAAACCCACCCGGAACGGGCCCGCUUUUGUUAUUCGGCUCUGCGUGACCUACAGGGUGAUCCAGGUGUCGGAUGGCCAGCUGGAGGGCCAGACAGACGGCGGCGCUGCGGUCAGCCUCGUUGCCGGUUUCCCCGCGACCACGCAGGCAGUCACACAGGCAGUCUUCUCGCAGUCCGAGGCGCUGGAGGGGGACGGCAGCACCGAGACACAGUACACCUAUUAUCCGGCCACCAUCGCGGACGCCACCACCGGGACCAUGGUGACCACGGUGCAGGCCUCCGACACACUCCUGGGCCAGAACACCCCCGCGGGUCAGGUUUACGUGAUGAUGUCACCCCAGGAAGUGCUGGGAUCCAAUCAAAGGACGAUCGCGCCGCGUACUCAGCCGUACCUGGCGAAGCAGGAAGCUCCUCGGGCCUCCAGGGACGAGAAGCGGCGAGCCCAGCACAACGAAGCUAUGAUCUGCAUACUGCUCGUAGCCGGUCACGGCACCGUCUUAGAGACACAAAUCAAGAAUGAUGACACAGGCUUGUAUAGCCUCUUGACUGGAGUACCGAAGGCCUUGCUUCCUGGCAUCGGGGGAAAAAAGAUCCUCGACUUUUGGUGGGAAACGGUAAACAUGCGACAGCUCUUCACUGAGGUGUAUCUGGUUACUAAUGCAGACAAGUAUAAGCACUAUGAACGCUGGGCUACAGCAAACGAUUUCCCGGUGGAGAAUAUAGUGAACGAUGGCAGCACGACAUUGGAAGAUCGACUUGGCGCCGUGGCUGAUCUGGAACUCGCCAUACGGAGCCGAAAGCUGGAGGACGACAUCAUGGUGAUUGCAGGAGACAUGCUGUGUGCUGACCAGAACUUUGAUAUUGCUCAAGUGAUUCGGUUCUUCAGGUCAAAGCCUGGAGAGCUGAUCAUAUACUAUGAGCUGGAGGAAAGUGAAAAAAGCAGUUCCAGGGGCAUUGUGGAGGUCUGUCCUGACACCCACAGGAUAACUCGCUUCUUGGAGAAACCGCAAGAUCUGCUGACGAAGUCGCGGCUGGCCAGCGUGGUGUUCUACUGCAUCCAGAAGGACACGCUUUCCUACAUGUCGGACUUCCUCAGCCAGAGGCCGGAGGUCCCCAACAGAACCUUUGGCCAGUUCUGGGAGUGGCUCAUCAAUGAGAAGCAGCUGGAUGUGUUUGGCAUGAAGCUGCCGACUGGGUUCCAGCUCAUUGGACAAGUGGGGCUGUCAGACUAUACUAAGUGGCUCACGCACUACUCCAUGAAGAAACAAGACAACCCUGCUAAGCCAAUCACGUGUCGCUCCUACGCCAGGGUAGGACUGAUGGGGAAUCCCUCGGACGGCUUCAAUGGGAAAACCAUCGCCAUGACCAUCUCUAACUUCUGGGCAGAGGUCACUCUGGUGGAGAGCCAGACUUUGGUUUUGGUUCCUCACCCGCUGAACGACCCGACGGAGUUCGGCAGUCUGCAGGAUCUGUUCUGCAUCAGUCGAAAGGAGGGUUAUCUGGGAGGUCUGCGGCUUCUGCAGGCUACCUGUAAGAAGUUCUAUCAGUUCUGCUCCAAACAAGGCAUUGCUCUGACGAAGCAGAACUUCACACUGAAGUACGACACCAAUAUUCCUCGGCAAGUGGGCCUCGCCGGAAGCAGUGCCAUUGUGUCAGCAACUCUGAAGUGUCUCAUGAAAUUCUACAACAUCACAGAAGACGAUCUCCCUCGACCAAUUCGAGCAAACUUCAUCCUGAACGUGGAGACCGAUGAGCUGUUCAUCACUGCGGGCCUGCAGGACAGAGUGGUGCAGGUCUAUGAGGGGUUAAUCUACAUGGACUUCAGCAAGAGGCUCAUGGAAGAGCAGGGUUACGGAAACUAUGUUUCCAUGGACAUGAGUGAGCUUCCUCCGUUCUGGCUGGCCUACCUGAGCGACCCCAGAGAACCAAUGGUCGUGGAGGCCAUGAGGUCUUUUGCUGAGCUCACUGACCAGGCAAGGUCUGUCUACACCGAUGAAUGUCUGGGUCCUGGAAACCUGAAGAUGGUUGAGCUGGCGAGACAGUUCGGCUCGGCCGUGAAGCUGCCCGGCAGUGGGGGGGCAGUGGUGGGCUUGUGUCUGGAUCAGACGAGACUGGUGGAGAUGAGGGAAGCCUUCCAGGAGGCAGGCUGUGUCUUCUGUGUCAUCUCGCCAUACAACCCAUCUGACCGCCGCCGGGGAACAGAGUCUCACGCAGACACGGUGUCAGCCAGCUGAAGGCCAACCCCUGGACUUUUAGUUAGAGAUGGGUGGAGUCUGUCUGACAGUCCAGCUGUCACUUCAGGGGACACAUGGAAUGGAGCACUUAUUGCAGUUAUAGAAGAUACUCGAUCAUUUGCACAAACCUCAAAGAGCCAUGAACAAAACCAAAUAUUAAGCUAGCUAUCAGAUAUUUAAUCAUAUGACUUAAGUAUUGGGGAAAUAUGGAAUGAUCCUGUCCAUAAAAGCAGACACAAAGUGAUACCCUGAUAAUUUAGUGUUUAGCAGAGAUGCCUGACUUUAUUAUUUGAGUUCAUUUAACUAGUUUUAUAGACUAUGGACCAAUUUACAGUAUAUCUGUAUAACGAAUGUAAUUUUGUCUGUUAAUUAUUAUAAUAAUUUUUACAAACAUGGUACGUGGGCCUAUGCAGUGUAUUUUUUUUAGUCAAGUUACCUCUUGACAUUUGUCAUUGUGUAUAAGAAUUACUGACCCCUAAAGCUGAAUGCACAUCACACCAAAUAACUCUUUCCUUCCCUGACAAUAAGCAGGUUUUGUCCGGUGUCCCUGUACCGUUUAAACCCAGCCAGCCAGCGUAGCUGGUGUGCAGUUUUAUACGGUGUCCCUGUACCGUUUCAGCCCAGCCUAGCUGGUGUGCAGCCUCCUCGUGAGGGGGGCGGAGCUCGGCUGCUGCUCGCCCGCUGAUUACCUCCGUUCAUUCGGACCCUGCCGAAGCUCAUGGACCAGCGGCAGAGCCGGAGGUGGCCUGUGACGGACUCGCAGUGGACCAGGUGAAGUCGCGGGGGCCAUGGCGGCCAAAGAGGACCUGUACAGUAAAAUCCUUCCACGGAGGCUCCGGCAGAACCGGCUGGGCUCGGUGAAAUGCGGCUCCAACCUGGACGUUCUGCUGUCCAUGGGCUUCCCCAGAGCGAGGGC